AAAAUCCGGCGACAAGUCGAAACAGAGGCAAAUAGAAAUAGUAGCGAAUAGGGUUGGGUUGUGUAGGGUUUUAGAAGACAAGAUUUAUAUAGAGUUGUGUCUGUGGGUUGCGGAGGCGGGAGGAGAACAAUCAGCCAUGGACUCGUUUUCAUCACCGUCAGGCGGAUCUUCAGGCCAAUUCAAUCCUGACGCCUUCAAGGACCAGCUUAAGAACCAGCUUGCUCAGGCUUAUGCCGAGGAGUUCCUUGAGACCAUGAGGUCAAAGUGCUUUGACAAGUGCAUCACAAAACCAGGAACAAGCAUAAGUGGGAGUGAGAGUAGCUGCAUCUCUAGAUGUAUGGAUCGCUACAUUGAGGCCACUGGCAUCAUCAGUAAAGCUCUCUUUAGUGCAUCCCAUCAAUGAACUUACGGGGUGUAAAUUGCUUUCUUGACGAAAGUUGAAGUUUUCAGAGAAAAUUACUUUCGCUUUGUAUUCUAUCUCGAAGAUAAUAUUUUCAUUGGAACAGAUGUUCGGUGCACACUCUUGCUAAUUUUUGUACGUGAAUUUUAGCUAUUGAGAUUCCCUUCCUCA